CAUUUUGUAUUUUACUCUUUUGCCUUCAGAAGGAAACUAGUUCAGGGGAGGUUUUGGGGAGCCGAGAUGAAGAACCCGAGCAGAGGCACAGAUCGCACAAGGACGAAGAUCCAGAGAAGGAGAAGAGAAGACGGCACAGGGAGAAGAAAGAGCACAAAUCCUCUGCUGCGGAAGAAAAAGAGAAGCAUUUGAAAUUAAGAAAUCCUAAGGAUGGGGAAGAAGAUCGUAUGUCUAGGAAACAUAAAGAGCGAUCACACCAUGAGGAUAGAUAUCACAAGGAGAACCAUGAAAGAACAGAGGAAGUGGAAGGUGAAAAAAAGAAGAGAGACCGCAAGCACAGCGACCGCAGGAAUGAAGGGAAAAGGGAAGAAGAGGAGCCGGACCGUCUGCGUGAAAGGAAUACAAGAGAGAAAAUAAAGAAACAUGGCAAGAGUGAAAGAGAGGAUGGAAAACGAGUGCACCACAAAAGUGAUGACUCUUCAGCACCACAUCUCAAAAGGCAAGCAAAUCAAGAAGGUGGAGAAAAUGAACUGAAAAAGGAAACCUCUUACGAAGAUUAUAAUUCUGUGAAUUAUGAAGAUGAUUUUGAGGUGAGUGUGAACAAUAACUUUUGA